AAUCGGCUCGUCCUCGAACGGCACAGUGCUAGUUGUUAGCCUCCGUGGGAGUUGACGCUACCUCGUCCCGUCCUUCUGUACCUUUGGACCUCCGGAUCUGGGUUUAAAUGGCCGGCGUCGCUCUGAAGUGCUUCGCUUCCUGGCGUUUGGUGAAAUUAAGAAGUGUGGUCAGAUCCACCAUCCCCAGUUUGAGGAUCCACACCACAGCAUCUCCUAUGAUGGCUGCGACAGUGGAGCAGUUUGAACAAGCAAAGAACAAACUAUCGACUCUGAAGACGGAUCCAGGCAACGAGGUCAAACUAAAGAUCUACGCUCUCUUCAAACAGGCCACUCAGGGCCCCUGCAACACUCCCAAACCAGGGAUGCUGGACUUUGUCAACAAGGUUAAGUGGGAUGCAUGGAAGUCACUGGGCUCCAUAUCACAGGAUGAGGCCAGGCAGCAGUACUGUGACCUGAUUGGUUCCCUGGUGGCAGCAGAGGGCAGAAGCUCCGCCCAGGUGGUAGCAAAUCCGGCUGCGAGUGGGUCAAAGUUUGAGACGCUGUUAGUCACCACAGAGGAUGGAAUCACCACCAUCAAACUGAACCGACCUGCCAAGAAAAACGCCAUUACGACUGAGAUGUACAACGACAUCAUCGCAGCUCUGGAGCAGGCGGCGAAAGACGACUCCGUCCUCACUGUUUUUACUGGUGCUGGAGAUUUCUACUGCAGCGGGAACGACCUCACCAACUUCACCAAGAUCCCUGAAGGAGGAGUGGAGGAGAUGGCCAGGAAAGGAGGAGAUCUGUUAAGGACGUAUGUGAAGACCUACAUCGACUUCCCAAAGCCACUGGUUGCCGUGGUGAACGGGCCGGCUGUAGGAGUCUCUGUCACUGUGCUGGGACUCUUUGACCUGGUCUACGCUACAGAGAGGGCCACGUUCCACACUCCGUUCAGUCAGCUGGGUCAGAGCGCUGAGGGCUGCUCCUCCUACACCUUCCCCCGGAUCAUGGGCGCCGCCAAGGCCAGUGAGAUGCUGCUGUUUAAUAAGAAGCUGACGGCCGUUCAGGCCUGUGAACUGGGCCUGGUCACGGAGGUUUUUCCCGACAGCAGCUUCCAGUCGGAGGUCUGGACCAGACUGAAGGCCUACGCCAAGCUGCCCCCCAAUUCUCUGGCUCUGUCCAAACAGCUGAUCCGGUCGGUGGAGAAGGAGCGUCUUCACGCGGUGAACGAUGCUGAGGUGGAGCGCCUGACGGAGCGCUGGACCUCGGACGAGUGUUUCAACGCCGUCAUGAGCUUCUUCCAGGCCAAGGCCAAGCUCUGAUGGAGGAGACGUGUGUUGACUAACUGGAGAAAAGUCAUUGAGUUUAAUUUGAAACGUAGACGUGUUGGUCAGAGGUGUCUGACGGGGACUCUGCUGAGGACAGUGUGGCUGUUUGUCCUCCAUCAUGGUUUGUACAGUUAGAAAAGUUUAUAUGAGAGGAUGAAAACCUUUGGUUUCUGGCCAGUUAUCUGCACAACCAGUGACAUUCCCCUGAUCAGAGGAUUUCUACCUGAUGCAGACUGAGGAGACACAGCACUGAGUUAUAUUUGUCAGAACAGCUCUUCAUCACCUUUUGGUGCGUUUAGUAGAAUCAGGUUAUUUUUGCUCCAUGUUCUGUCCAGAUGAUCACGACUCUGAAACAUUCAGAACAGAUUUAAUGCGCCUGCUCUCUCAGUUCUCUGGAGUUUGAGCUAACACUAACAAACGUGUCUUCAUUCUUCUUCUGUCUGUUUUAAUGUUUCAAGUGAAACUCAACAACAUUACAGUGCCUUAAACUCUUUGUUCUCUUCCCUCUCUUCAAUAAAACAAGUGUUUCCUUUACCGUCCUUAUCAAACUUUACCACUUUUUUUUUUAAAUCUAGAAAACAUCUAAAGAUUUUACCUCAAUAAAACAGAAUUAUUAAACUUG